AUGUUUGUGUCUUUUUUGCUGUUGUUGACUGCAGCUUGCAUCGAAGCUCGGCUUUACAUUCAGGGCGACCACUUUUACUAUAAUGGUCAGAGAGUAUUCUUCAGUGGAGUUAACCAGGCGUGGGUAUCUUAUGGUUAUGACUGGGGAAAUAACCAAUACCAGUACCGACGGAAUAAGUUCCAGUCUGUCAUCAAUGCAGUCAAGAACAAUGGUGGAAACUCAAUCCGUGUUUGGGUUCACGUAGAAGGACAGACGUCUCCGGCAUUUGACCACACUGGUCACGUGAGUGGAACAGACUCCAGAAAUUCCUUGAUCCACGAACUGACAGAGUAUUUGCAGUACGCGAGGAACCAUCAAAUCUUUGUCUUCCUCUGCUUGUGGAAUGGUGCAGAAAGAGGCAGCACAAAUGCCAGACUGGAAGGAUUAAUAAAGGACACAGGAAAACUCCACAGCUAUAUCAAUCAUGCUCUCAUCCCAAUGGUGAAGGCUCUAAAAGACCAACCUGCACUAGCUGGCUGGGAUAUAAUGAAUGAGAUGGAAGGCGUCAUCAAUCCUAACUUACACAAUUCUGAGCCAUGCUUCGAUACCACCUUCUUAGGUCCCUCUGGAGCAGGAUGGAAAGGUCACAUAUACUCAGCAGAACAACUUCUAAGAUUUAUAAACUGGCAAGCUGCUGCUAUACGUAAGACAGACCCACAAGCUUUGGUGACGGCUGGGUCCUGGAACCCAAAAAGCAACACAAACAUGAAUGGCAUGAAAAACCUGUAUAGUGACCACUGCCUCAUCAGAGCCGGACAUGACAAUGCCGGUACUUUGAAUUUUUAUUCCACACAUACGUACGACAACAAAAAUUCUCAUCAAUAUGACUCUUACUCGCCCUUUAAGCACACUAAACAUCAGUACAAUCUAAAUAAACCUUUGAUAAUCGCCGAAUUUAACCAAGUGCGAGGAGGACAUCAAACUAUUGAACAGUUGUUUACAUACGCAUAUUACCAUGGUUACGCUGGAGCAUGGUCAUGGCACGCAAACGCAGACGGAAGCGACACAGACAGCCUAGCAACACAAGAAGCGGGAAUGAGGUCUCUAAGGGGGAAAAAUGACCAGAGAAAUGGCGGACUAGUCAACUUCACUAUUUAAAUAAUCUAUGGUAUUAUGUAA